AUGAUUAAUUUUGGUGAUUAAGUGGGACAUAAAUUAUUUAGUUAUGAUUCAUUAGUCUAUACAUAUUCAGGAGAAGACUUGUUAAUUUUAGAAAAGGAGACAAUGAAAAUGAGUAGUAGGAUCAAUGUAGGUAGUUAAAUAUAAACAUUUGGGGUAAAUGGUGAUAUUUAUGUAUUGACUAAAAAAUCAGAAUUUAUUGUAUAUUGUAUAGAUGGGAAGUAAUUAUAGAGUAAGGAACAUAAAGGAAAAGUAUUUAAUAAUGCUCAAUUUCAUAAUGACCAUUUCAUAGCUAAUGAUGGAAAUAAGAUUGUUAGAAUAGGAACAACUUGUUCUAUAAUAUAUGAUGGAUAAUAAUUGACUAAUAUAAAUAGUAUUGAAUAUUCAGGAUAUAAGGAAUAAUUAAUAAUUGGAGAUGGCAAGUGUAUUCAUGUAAUAGGUAAUGAAGAUAAAAUCUUAAGAGAAUUUGGUAUAGCAAUAACAAUAAUGAAGUUAGAUGAUGAUUAAGAUCUUUUAGCAUGUGGAUUAGCUAAUGGUUAAUUAGUAUUAUUAUAAUAUUCAACUGGUGUUAUAAUCUAAUAAGAUCAUUGGCAUGCUCAUUAAAUUAAUACAUUAUUAUUUUCAGGUGCAUCAUUAUAUUCUGCUGGUUAAGAAGGUGUUAUUGUUUAAUGGCAUUUAAGAGUUGCAAGAAAAGCAUUCUUUCCUAGAUAAGGAGGAGAAAUUGUAGCUAUGUGUAAUGCUGACGAUAAUAUUGUUAUUAAUGUUUAGGGAAUUAAUCAAAUUAAAUAGGUAUCAUUAAUGGGAUAGAAUAAAUUACCUAUUUAUUAAGGUAUUCAUCAUGUUUAUCCUAAUACAUUUGUCACUUUCUAAAAUAAAUUAGUCACUUAAGGAGUUAAUGGAACUUUAUAAGUAAUUCAUCCUAUCUAAGGUACUUUAUUACAUGUUAUACCAAUCUGCUAGAAAAAUUACGUUUCUGAUAUAGAUGAAUAACAUAAAAGAGAUACAACUAUUAUAAAUUAAGUAUUAUAAUAUUAUAUGUUCUAGUUUGCAAUUUUGGAUAGAUUUUUAAUUGUUAUUUUAAAAUCUAAACUUAAAUAAACACUUUCAAUUUUUGAAAAUAUUAACCAUUUUGAAUUCAAUCUAAUAACUACAAUUGAUUAUGAAAUAGAAGGUAUGGAUACAGGUCAUAAUUCUAUAAUUACUUGGGGGAAUGGAGAAAUUAGAUUGUGGAGACAGAUUAAAUAAAGUAAAGGAUAAUACAAUUGGAAUUGUAUAUUUAGAGGUAAUGGAUAUAAAGGUACUAAAAUAUUAACAGCUUCUAUUUAUAAUGAAAAAAUAAUCAUCAUUGUCACCUCUAUUUCUAUAUUACAUGUAAAUAUAGAAAAUAAUAAUAUUGUUAAAGAAUUCCCAUUAGAUUAAACAUCUCCUGAUGUUGCUUAUAUUUAUUAAUCAGAUGUAUUAGUAUGUAAUGGAAAUACAAUUACAUUCUAUCAAAAUAUUAAAAAAUAAAUUAUUACCUAAUUAGGUAAUGCUUAAUCAAUUACCAAAAUUAAUGAAAACUUAAUUACUAUUUAAUAUUUAAAUGAAAUGUCAUUAAUUAUAGAUCUUAAAUAAUCAAAAAUUCUACAUGGAAUUUCCUCUUAGAAAUUAGUUUCAACUAUAAUUAAUGGAAGGUACCCUAUUCAACUUAUAUAUCUUUAGAACUAUAUUAUAUUCUUAUAAUAUUUAAAAUAAUCAAUACAAAUUUGUUACUGUUUUAAGUACAGAAAGAAAAGCAUCUUUAAUGAUGGAUGAAUAAGAUACUGCUCAAUUUCAAUAACUAGAACAACCUGAAAAACCCAUUAUCUAAGAUUCUCCUUCACUUGAUCCAAAUGUCUAUAAACGUUUACAAUUAGCUAAAUAAGCCAGAUAAAUGUAAUAUUAUAUUUUAUUCCAAGAAAAGAACUCAACAUUAAAGAAUUUUUAACUACCUAAUCAUAAAUGUUGCCUUCCUUGACAUUUCUUGCUGAUCGAGUUAUUGAUGUUUUUAAAUAAGAUCUAAAUGAAUAAAACAAAAAUUAAUUAUAUGGAUACGAUAUACAUCAAGAAGAAUCAAUAUCUAAUCAAAAUAAGACUUCCUUAUAAUUACAUCAAUUAAAGAAAUUGUUUAAAUGA